AUGGCUGAUGAAGACGUUGCUGCCUUGGUUGUGGACAAUGGCUCCGGUAUGUGCAAGGCCGGUUUCGCCGGAGACGAUGCUCCUCGUGCAGUGUUUCCCUCCAUCGUUGGCCGUCCAAGGCAUCAGGGUGUGAUGGUUGGUAUGGGUCAGAAAGACUCGUACGUCGGCGACGAAGCUCAGAGCAAGAGAGGUAUUCUGACCCUCAAAUAUCCCAUCGAACACGGCAUUGUAACAAACUGGGAUGACAUGGAAAAGGUAAAUAUUCUUCAACGUUGGAAAUAUCAAGUUGAGCGGUCGACUCACGAUGAAUUUUGCUUAUUUUAGAUCUGGCAUCACACCUUCUAUAACGAGCUGCGUGUAGCUCCCGAGGAACACCCAGUUCUGCUAACAGAAGCUCCUCUCAACCCAAAAGCCAACAGAGAAAAAAUGACACAGGUAAAAACGCGUUUUUAGUUCGUACUCUUGAACAGUGACAUUUCUUUUCCGAGCUCCUGCUGAGUUUUCGGAGAAGAGGGAGGGGCCGCCUGGGCCGGGUUUACUCUUCGAUCGUAAGGCUUGAAGGAGUCGAAAACUUGCUAUAAGCUUAUCGACAUAGCCGUUAAAAAAAAGGCGAUUUUUGUAUCUAUCCAUGAACGUUCGUCAAAAAGCUGAUUUAUCGUGGAUUGAACUUUUGCUGUUUUAAUUUAGCUUGAAAAUAGGUAAAGUUUAAGGUUGUUCAUUGUUCGUUUAACUUUAAAAUGUCCAAUUUUUUUCGGCGGAGCCCCACCUCAGCAGUAAAAUUUCCAUUGAUAAAAUUUCAAAUAAUUCCACAAUUAAAUUCUGGAAACGACGCUGGACUUCAAGGGGUCGCCUUCAAACUAUAUUGUAUUUCGAUGUACUGACAACAAAUUUGCAUCUGUAUAUAUUUUGUCUAUUGAACUGCAAAUGCGUUGACUUGCAACAGCUCAUAACAUUUAAAAACCAGUCGCAUAUCGGUUGAAAAUGUUGAGUUCGGUUUAAAAUGGAAAAUUGGCUCCCUGAAAAUUGUAAAUUUAUUGAUGUUUAAGAAUUCGUCUUCUCGAAGAAAUUUUUUUUUUAGCACGAAGCUAGUGCCUGAUCACAUCUGACUGGUUUCAUGCCCAUAUUUGGUAACGAAACGCUGUGAUUGGUCAGAGUUGUCCGAACAAGUUUUCUAAUUAAUAUGCAGGUUUGACUGAUGCUUUGUGAAUUAUGUCAAUAGCUUUCGCACCGCAUUUCAGAUCAAAGGAAGUCAAAGUCUACAAUUUUAUAAAAUUUUACAACGUGUUCUUUUGUGUGAAUAAUUUCAAUUUUUCUGGAACCCAGCCUCUUUUAACUAACAAUAACUUGACGUUAUUUGCAGUCGAUCCUUUCUUUUAAAAAAGUUAUUAAAAGAAAAAACCUCAUUAUUAAAACUAUCAAACUUUUGUUCUGUUUGUUGACCUUUUGCAGUCAAUAUUUGCAUCUGAAAAGACUAAACUUGGAUCAAUUACUGAAUAUAUUGUUUUACUUUUGUCUUGCUAAAAAUCUUGAUAUGGGCUCUUUCGUUUUUUAAACUAAAAAUGUACAGCGAAGAAAGUGGAAUAAAUCCUAAUUACUCGAGUCACUUGUAACGAAUGAACUUUUCCUUUUUCUAACAGAUCAUGUUCGAGACCUUCAAUUCACCAGCCAUGUACGUCGCAAUCCAGGCAGUGUUGUCUCUUUACGCUUCUGGUCGAACAACUGGCAUCGUAUUUGACAGCGGUGAUGGUGUGAGUCACACAGUUCCCAUCUACGAGGGUUACGCUCUUCCCCAUGCUAUCCUUCGUCUCGACUUGGCCGGCAGAGACUUGACCGACUAUCUCAUGAAGAUUCUGACUGAGCGUGGCUACUCCUUCACCACCACUGCAGAGCGUGAAAUCGUGCGUGACAUCAAAGAGAAGCUGUGCUAUGUUGCUCUGGACUUCGAGCAAGAAAUGCAAACUGCUGCAUCAAGCUCCAGUUUGGAGAAGAGCUACGAGCUUCCUGAUGGGCAGGUCAUCACCAUCGGUAACGAAAGAUUCCGUGCACCAGAGGCCAUGUUCCAGCCUUCCUUCCUUGGAAUGGAAUCUGCAGGUAUCCACGAGACAACUUACAACUCGAUCAUGAAGUGCGAUGUGGACAUCCGUAAGGAUCUGUACGCCAACACAGUGUUGUCAGGUGGCUCCACCAUGUUCCCAGGAAUCGCCGACAGAAUGCAAAAAGAAAUCACAGCCCUCGCCCCACCCACAAUGAAGAUCAAGAUCAUUGCUCCUCCUGAGCGUAAAUACUCUGUAUGGAUUGGAGGAUCGAUCUUGGCUUCGCUGUCCACCUUCCAACAGAUGUGGAUCUCCAAACAGGAAUACGACGAAUCUGGUCCCUCAAUUGUUCACCGCAAAUGCUUUUAA